CGGCGCCCCUUCCGUCUCCCACUUCUUCCGGUCGGGGGAAACAGGAGUGAUCCGGGGCGUUCGUCGCCAGGGCAACGUUGCCGGACGGGUGAAGCACGAUACCGUGUUUUGAUCGCUUGAACUGAGAAUCUGACCUUGUGAAGAAGAUGGUGAAUGUUUUGAAAGGGAUACUUAUAGAAUGUGACCCAGCCAUGAAGCAGUUCCUGCUGUACCUGGAUGAAUCAAAUGCCCUGGGAAAGAAGUUCAUCAUACAAGACUUAGAUGAGACCCAUGUCUUUGUGUUGGCUGAAAUGGUUAACUUCUUGCAAGAGAGAGUGGGAGAAUUAAUGGACCAGAACUCUUUUCCUAUUACACAGAAAUAAAAAAUGAGGCUGGAUAUGGAUACACAUCGAAUUGAAAGCCUGUAAAUUUUUCUGUGAAUUAAUUUAAGGCAGAUUGAAUAAUAGUCACUAUGAGAAGCGAGCUACAUACAUAUCAAGAAUUGUCUUUUAUUGUUUUCAGUUUCAUCCUGUCUUAAAACAGCAAUUGUGCUAACAGCUCAUUUUGUUUGCUAGUGCAAAUUACUGUAGAAUUUGGGAUUCUUUAGGGUGUUGUUUGUAGAGGUGAAUGCAAUAUUAAUACUGAUAUUCAGUUUCUCUCUGUAAUAUUCCCUCAUAGAGAAAGCUACCUUAAAAUACAGUAUGUACAUUUUAACUAAAAUAUGAAGUUGUUUUUUUUAUAAUUCCAAGGAAGACUGUUAAAUUUUGUAAUUUGAAUACUCUUGCAAAAGCAUAGUCCUCCCAUUACAACCACAAUUGAGCCCAAAAUUUCAGUUCUAAGUGAGACAGUUAAAUGAUUUUUGUCUCAUUUAACUAUCCUUCUUGCCACGGCUGUUAAGUGAAUCAUUGCAGUUGUUAAGUUGGUAACAUAAUUGUUAAGUGAAUCUACCUCCCAUUGAUUUUCUUUAUCAGAAGGUCAAAACAUGUGAUCACAUGACCCCAGGACAUUGCAACCAUCAUAUGAAAGUCAUCAAGCAUCUGAAUUUUGAUCACAUGACUAUGGGGAUGCUGCAAGGGUCAUAAGUAUGAAAAAUGGUUCUAAGUCACUACUUUCAGUGUCAUCGUAACUUUGAACGGUUCCUAAACAAAUUCUUGUAAUUUGAGGACCACCUGUACAUUAAUAAUGUGCAGACUACAUGGUGCUGAAUAGAAUUGUUUCAUAGCCUAGUUGUUUUUAAUUCACAGUAAUAAAUUUCACUAGGUUCACUCUUAAAUUAACAUGUAUAGGAUUCCGUUUAUUCAAUUUAGGCACUGUCCCAUUUCAAAUUGGUUCUGAUAAAACAAGACACAGUAAAUAAUAUAAUAAAGAUAACGACAAAAAAAAUGACAAAUCUAAACAAUAACCCAUAAACAUAAACAUAGCCAAUGGGCCCCACAUCACUUAGCCCAAGGCCUGGAGAACAAAAGAUGUAAACAGAAUGGAAGCAACACAAACCUCCAGGAAAAGCUGAUUCCAGGAUGGCAGCUAAAAUAUCAUUUUGAGCUGAGCUUUAUUUUUAAGUUUUAAUUAAAUAGUAAAACUUUAUACGGUAAAACUUUAAAUAGUAAAAUUUCAACUAUUUCCUGUUUAACAUUUUAUUUUAUUACUGUAAACCAUCUUGAAUAAAAAUGAUUUUAAAACAUUCAUCAAUGCAUGACUGUUCAGACAUGCAGUGCUGUCCUAUGCAUAUUUAUUCCAGGUCCUGUUGUAUAUCUAUAUCAUUUUCCUUUUCAUUGAAUGAUACUUCUAAAUAAAUAUCCAUAUGCUUGGAUUGGAGAUAAGUGACUUAUUGGUUUGGAACCAGGCUAAGUGUUGCUGGAAGUAUCCAUAGAAAUUGCUCUCCCAUUUUCUCUAGAGACAGAGCAUACAUUCAUAGAAAAACUAGCUUUAACUCUUAUUUUUGGAAAUGGUUGGAAACUAUAGGGUAUUUUAUGUAGCCUUUUAAAAGUUUAAAUCUCCAAAAAUAUUUAUGUUGACAUGGACUGCAUGAAAUAUUUAUGUUUUUAUGCUUAUACAGGUGUUAAUUUACUAAUUUAUUGAGGAUGUGGUUUUCUCUUUCAGUCCCAAAGGUGAAAUAGGAAAUAUAUAUUUGUGACAUGCAAAAUAGUGUUAAAUUGAAAUAAACAAAAGUACUUGAAAAUAUAUUAAUUCUAAGCAGAUGUUAAAAUUGACUUGUAAUACUUAAAAGUGUUCAUGACCCAUAAUAACUGAAUAUUUACAGCAAAGACUAAAAAAAAAAUAGUUGUCAAAGAGUUAUGAUGUCACAUUGUAAUUUGUUGUUAAUAAAUGUCAGGAUGUUCCAAAA